CUUGCUACUGUGGACCAGGUAUGUUCCUUCUCAUUUGCACCUUAUGGUCUUUGAGUUGGUAAAAAACUCUCUGCGUGCGGUUCAAGAAUGUUUUAUGAAUUCUGAUAAGAAUGCCCCUCCUGUUAGAAUUAUUGUCGCUGAUGGGAUUGAAGAUGUUACAAUAAAGAUAUCAGAUGAAGGGGGUGGCAUACCAAGAAGUGGUCUUCCAAAGAUUUUCACAUAUCUCUAUAGCACUGCUAAAAAUCCACUCGAGGAAAACGAUGAAGGAAGCUCAGAUGGAGUAAUUAUGGCUGGUUAUGGUUAUGGGCUUCCAAUUAGUCGUCUCUAUGCUCGCUAUUUUGGUGGUGAUUUACAAAUUAUCUCUAUGGAAGGAUAUGGUAAAUCCAAUUCUUUCUUUAUGCAAUACUUAAUCUCAAGUUCAAUUUGUCCUGCUUGAAUUCCAAUAUGGCUCAUUCAUUGCCUAUUAUGUUGCCAAUACUUAUUCGUGAUUUACAAACUCGUGCUUGCUAUGAUUU